AUGAAGUACGCGGCUUUUAGGAGCUCCAUGAGGUUUGCUGCCAAAUUUUGCGGCAACAACAACUACAAGCUCUACAUGAACAGCGUACCUCAGUUUUCGACCUUCGCCUAUGGGAAGCACCUUAAAACCAACCCACUCACGAACAGACUGGACGACCUGCUAAAGCGGAACUCCACGUUGAUCAGCACAAUUAGCAUUAACGGACUCGAUGACCUGAUCACACAGUCGUCUAAAAUUGAAUCCAUUUCAAUGGCUGAUUGGCUACUCAACCUAGUGGAAGAAUAUCAAUGUAUGAUAAAAUUAUACCAGUAG